GCAACAAGGUGUACGUUCACCCCGAGUCGCCAAACACCGGGGCUCACUGGAUGAGGCAGGAGAUUUCUUUCGGGAAACUGAAGCUAACGAACAACAAAGGUGCUAACAACAACAACGCGCAGAUGAUAGUACUGCAAUCUCUACACAAGUACCAGCCCCGGCUUCACAUUGUGGAAGUGACUGAAGAUGGUGUUGAAGAUCUGAAUGAUUCCUCGAAGACUCAAACAUUUAUUUUCCCUGAAACACAGUUCAUAGCAGUUACAGCGUAUCAAAACACUGAUAUUACCCAGCUCAAAAUUGACCAUAAUCCUUUUGCAAAAGGCUUCAGAGACAACUAUGACUCCAUGUACACAGCUUCAGAAAAUGACAGAUUAACUCCAUCUCCCACGGAUUCUCCUAGAUCCCACCAGAUCGUCCCUGGCGCCCGAUACAGCGUGCAACCGUUCUUCCAAGAACAGUUUGUCAACAACCUGCCCCCGGCCAGGUUUUACAACAGUGAGAGAACCGUCCCUCAGACAAAUGGCUUGCUCUCCCCGCAGCAGAACGAAGAGGUGGCCAGCCCUCCUCAGCGGUGGUUUGUUACGCCUGUACAACAGCCUGGUGCAAACAAACUGGACAUGAACUCCUACGAGACGGAGUAUUCUCCUAGCACCUUGCUCCCUUACGGCAUUAAAUCUCUCCCCCUUCAGACAUCCCAUGCUCUGGGAUACUACCCUGAUCCGACACUUCCAUCCAUGGCAGGCUGGGGGAGCAGGGGCUCUUACCAGAGAAAAAUGACAACAGGAUUACCUUGGACCUCCAGAACAAGUCCUCCAGGUUUCUCUGAAGACCAGCUUUCCAAGGAGAAGGUGAAAGAAGAAAUCGGCUCAUCCUGGAUAGAGACUCCACCUUCCAUAAAGUCUCUAGAUUCAAAUGAUUCUGGGGUCUACACGGGUGCUUGUAAGAGAAGACGGCUCUCCCCUAGCACUUCCAGCAAUGAAAAUUCCCCGACUAUGAAAUGCGAGGACAUUAAUGCUGAGGACUAUAGCAAAGACACUUCAAAAGGCAUGGGCUACUAUGCGUUCUAUACUAGUUCUUAA